UCUUUAUAAUACAUAUUGCUACAUCAUUUUAUUUUACAUUAUUUAUAUAGUUUUUUUUUAACGUCGAUUCGCUACCAUGACAACGCUAAAAGGGACAUACAUGGAUACGAGGGACGCCGCCCCCGCGAUUCAUAUCACAGGGAGGCCCAAGUAUAUCGUAUCGGUUGACGAUACUCUUGUUUACAAGAACGCCAAAUAUUUUUGUAAUACAGUAAUCGAAACGGAUCUUGGAAGUAAGCAGAUGGAAAUGGAAAAUCGUCUUGGUAGACAGGCCUCCAGCAAAGAGGCUAUAAUGUCUGACGAGCUUAAGCAACUGAAGCAUCAGGAGUUCAUAGAUCGCAAGCGGCGCCAACAACUGCGCAACGAAUGCGAGGAACUUCGGGAAUUGGCUGAGCAGCUCCGAUUGGCAUCAAUUACAAAGGAGCUCGAAGAGCAUAUUUCGGAAACCAAUAGAAACCGAGAACUGGCCAAAAAUGCCAAAGCGGUGGGUUUGCAGCGUGCCGAAGCUAAAAGACAGCAGGACUUGGCGAUGCAAGAGCAGGAGGAGUUGCUCAAGAAGGAACAGCAAAUAGAGCUCCACAAGACGUUGUCAAAACAAAUCGAAGAGAAGCGGCAACAACGCCAGCUUCGUUAUGUAGAGACGCUGACAGAGCGGGAGAUGCGCAUGGCCAUGCAGCAGCAAAUUGAGGAAGAAGACAGAGCAGAGCAACUGGAGCUAAACCGAUUAAAGCUCAAAAAACGCGACGAAAUGAUUACAUUCAUUAAUGAGCAAAGGGAAUACAAAGAACUGCAAAGGGCUAAGUCUGACGAGGAUAUUUUAAAAGUACUUGAAAAACAAUCGGAGAUAGCUGAGCAAAAGCGCCAAAUGGAGGAGGCAAAGCUGGAGGCUCAACGUAAGCAAGCGGAGAUUAGAACGCGAAUUGGUCAUCAGGUGUUUGAAGUUGAGGAGCCCCUACGUCAACGCUACACUCUGUUGGUCGAUCUGCUGAUCGCAGAGUACAAAGCCAAAGACGAUGAACUCUACCGGCAGCAGCUCAAGCAGAAGCAAUUCAACCGGCAGCGUGCCCGGCAGGAGCUGGAACUUUAUCGCGCUGAAGUAAAUGAGCGCAACAUCGAAAAAGCUCGCAAAAAGCACGAAGAAACAGUUGAAAGAAACCUUAUGUGCCCCGAUGAGGGCCCCGAUGGCAUUAAUAAAAGGGACAUCCAGGAACGUCAACGGCGGAAGGAGCAUGGUGUCUUACUGCUGUCCAUGAUUGAGGACAAUAAACGCAAACGUGCUGAAGCAGCUGCUGAAAAUAUGCUGUUCUUCGAUUCAAAAGCCAAGGCAGAAGCCGAGCGGCAAGAGCGCAUUCAGGAAGAGCGGCUGCAGAUGCUGGGCUCUGUGCCGGCUUCGGUGCUGCAAUAUCUUCCAAAACAAGUGCUUACGGAUUCGGACCGGAAGUAUUUUAACAUACAGAAGAAACAGAAAACGUUUAAGUAACAGCGUAAUUGAUCACCAAAAGAAGCAUUAUCGGGCCAAGGCUAUUUUAAAUUUAAUAUUGUAGCUCAACAAUAUGGAUAUGAAGAUAUUUACUUAAUAGGAAAAUCCUGAGCUGGCAUUUCAAAUACAGGCACCCAACCCGCCCCUGUGCCUACGUGACGUGUCGCAUACAUUGCGUGGUGUUGCCGUACUUUUUAGAAAUAGUAAACAAAAUUUAAGGCUUGUACGCCAAUCACGGUAUAGUUGCAAAUAAUCACUGUUUACGCGCAAUAUUUCUCAUUUUACUAUGCAAAAUUGAGAUAUAUAGUUUGGAGUAUAAAAACCAAAGAUUUCAUUUCGCAUCAAUAAAGAAUGGUUAGUUCAUCAAA